GGCCGACGUUAAAGUACAGCAAAGCUGGUGGUUGUAGCGAAGAAGCGACGAUUCAAUAAAACAACCGAUCAGGCAAGGCUGCAUCUGCAGCCUGCAGAGACGAGGGAAGGAUGCAGUCUCCAUCUUUUUCCCUUGAUGCUCAGCUGCGCUUCCACGACAAAUGGCUGAAGAUAGAUCUGCAGCGCGCCUUCUCUCCUGAAGGACUGAGCGAGAUGUGGAACGAGAUGGUGAAGGAUGAAGAGAUUGUAUUUGACAGAGAAGAGUCCCCCAAUCCAGAGGACUGUGUUGAUUGCACCCAAAAGAAAGAUGACACUAAUGACAAAGAAAAGAAGGAAGAGGAAGAGGCGUCGGCUUCAUCCGUCCAUCACUCAAUCAUCGAGACGUGGGACUGGGGGAGGCAGCCAGAGCCUGGGGAGCUGAAGGACUGUCUGAUGGCUCUGGUAGAUGACCAACAGAAGCUGUCUUCACAGACAGCUAAGAGCACCCUCUCUGCCCUACGUCUCAGCCAGCGACUGGUGAUCCUUGAGCGCUACCUCAUCUCCCUCACCCACAGCAUGAUGGAAGAGAAGUACAAAGUGCGCUGGAAGAGCCCCCCCAGCCCUCCACUGUCUGCCGUUGACAACAAAAGUGCUCGGCCAGUCAGUAAAGGAGUGGAGGGUUUGGCUAGGGUGGGAUCGAGAGCAGCUCUUUCCUUUGCCUUUGCCUUCCUCCGCAGAGCCUGGAGAUCAGGCGAUGAUGCAGACCUGUGCAGUGAGUUAUUGCAAGAGUCUCUAGAUGCACUUCGAGCUCUCCCUGAAGCUACUCUGUUUGAUGAGGGCACUGUGUCGCCCGUCUGGCUAGAGGUGGUCGAGAGGGCAACCAAAUUCCUCAGUGAUAUUCAUGGAAGUGGCAGUGGUAAAGCACCCAGUAACAUUCCCCUGCAAGAUCAACACUUGGCCCUGGCCAUCCUACUGGAGCUGGCAGUACAGCGAGGAACUCUCAGUCAGCUGCUGUCUGCAGUUCUGCUGCUUCUGCGUCUCUGGGACAGUGGAACCAGAGAGAUGGAUAAUGAGCGCUCCACUCAGGGCACCAGCGCCCCCUUACUGCCCCUCUUGCAGCGCUUCCACAACAUACACAGCAGUAAGGAGGAACCUGUUCCUGAGGAGGAGAUCGAGAUCCUUUCGGCUCCUCUGAGCCCAAACGAGAGUUUCCUAUGCUAUCUUACCCUGCCUCAAGACAAUGACCUGGCCAUUGAUCUGCAGCAGACAGCUGUCGUUGUCAUGGCACACUUGGAUCGCCUGGCAGCCCCCUGCAGUCCCCCGCAGUGCAGCUCACCCACCUCUAAUAAGGGUACAUUGCAGGAGGUAAUAGGUUGGGGUCUGCUUGGAUGGAAGCCUUAUGCUAAUGUAAAUGGACCAAUCCAGUGCAAGGCACUGUCAAACCUGGGUGUCACUCAGAUCGUCUGCUCUGAGAAGGGUUUCCUCAUUCUGACCAUCACUGGUGCUGUCUACAUGCAAAAUUACAAAAGCACCACCCUAUCCCCUAUGCUAGUCCAUGCACUGUCAUCCAGGAAAAUAAUAAAGCUUGCAGCACAUCCAGAUGGGCAGCACUACUUGGCUCUUUCAGUUAAUGGGGAGUUGUUCUCCUGGGGCUGCGGAGAUGGAGGCAGGCUGGGACAUGGAGAUGCAACGUAUUUGGAGGAGCCCACCAUGAUUGCAGCAUUCUCUGGGAGACUGGCAGGGAAGCAGGUUAUACACAUUGCAUGUGGCAGCACUUAUAGUGCAGCCAUCACAGCUGAUGGAGAGCUAUACACAUGGGGCCGAGGAAACUAUGGCAGGCUAGGCCACGGCUCCAGUGAGGACCAGACCACACCUAUGCUGGUGACUGCUCUGAAGGGGCUAAAGGUGAUAGAUGUAGCCUGUGGCAGCGGAGAUGCUCAGACCCUCGCUGUGACUGAAAAUGGUCAAGUGUGGUCGUGGGGUGAUGGCGACUAUGGUAAGCUCGGCCGUGGGGGCAGCGAUGGCUGUAAGACACCAAAACUUGUGGAAAAGCUACAAGAUUUGGAUAUUGUUAAAGUGUGCUGCGGGAGCCAGUUCUCUGUAGCGCUUACUAAAGAUGGACAGGUCUACACCUGGGGCAAAGGAGACAACCAAAGACUUGGCCAUGGCACUGACGAACACGUCCGCUAUCCCAAACUGCUAGACAGUCUACAAGGUAAGAGGGUGGUGGACAUAGCGGUGGGCUCUACACACUGCCUGGUCCUCACUGAGGAAGGGGAGGUGCACAGCUGGGGCAGCAAUGAUAAACUACAGCACUUUGACACGCUGUUCUCCAAUAAGAAGCAGCCUAAAGCCCUGCCAGGCCUUAACUCUAAACACAUAGUGGGCAUCUCCUGCGGCCCAGGACAGAGUUUUUCAUGGUCCUCGUGCUCUGAGUGGUCCGUGGGACUCCGUGUACCAUUCGUGGUGGAUGUGUGCACUAUGACUUUUGAGCAGCUUGACCUGCUCCUGCGACAGGUCAGCGAGGGCAUGGAUGGCAGCUCUGAUUGGCCACCACCGCAGGAAAAAGAAUGCAUGGUUGUGGCUGCGCUCAAUCUGCUCAGACUGCAGCUCCAUGCAGCCAUCAGUAACCAGGUUGACCCUGAGGAGGUAGGUCUGGGCUUAGGCAGUAUACUGCUGAAUAACCUCAAGCAGACGGUGGUGACGCUGGCCAGCAACGCCGGGGUGUUGAAUACUGUGCAGGCGGCCGCCCAGACUGUGCUCCAGAGUGGCUGGUCAGUGCUACUGCCCACUGCCGAGGAGAGAGCAAGAGCACUGUCCUCACUGCUGCCCAAUGCAGCAUCUGGAAAUGAGAUGAGUGUAAGUCCUGGCCGUCGCUUUAUGAUCGACCUCUUGGUUAGCAGUCUGAUGGCGGACGGAGGGCUGGAGUCAGCUUUGAAUGCUGCCAUCACAGCUGAGAUCCAGGACAUUGAGGCAAAGAAGGAGGCACAGAAGGAGAAGGAGAUCGAUGAGCAGGAAGCGAGCGCCUCCACUCUGCAGCGCUGCCGUACAACCCUGGACAAAGACCUGAUCAACACAGGCAUUUAUGAGUCUGCCAACAAACAGAGCCUCCCAUUGGUCCAACUGGUGCAACAGCUGCUCAGGAACAUUGCCUCGCAGACCAUAGCUCGUCUUAAAGAUGUUGCACGACGCAUUUCAAUCUGCCAGGACAUAGAACAGGUCAGUAAGGAGCGCUCAGCCUCUCUGGACCUGCUACUUCGCUUUCAGAGGCUCCUGGUCUGCAAGUUGUACGUGGGUGUAAAUGGCACUGUGGGUGUGGGAGGAUACACUCUGAGUCACUCUGAGAUUCUGGGAGUGGGGUCUCUGUUGAAGAAGUAUAUGGCUUUGCUGUGCACCCACAUUGGGGAUAUCCUUCCUGUGGCCACCAGUAUCGCCCUCAACAGCCACCGUCACUUUGCAGAGGUGGCGCGUGUCAUUGAGGGAGACCUCACAGGUGUAUUGCUACCAGAGUUGAUCGUGUCCAUUGUUCUGCUGUUGACCCAUGAUGCUGGUCUGAUGCAGGAGACUGGAUCCAUUCCUCUGCUCGCUGCUCUCCUGGAGCACCUGGACCGUUUUAAUCAUCUCUCUCCUGGUACAGAGAGAGACGACAAUGAAGAUCUUGCCUGGCCGGGACUAAUGGGUUCCUUUUUCAAUGGGCCGAGCUCCAAGAACAAUGAGGAAGUAUCGCUUAUCCGCAAAGCUGACCUGGAGAACCAUAACAAAGAUGGCGGCUUCUGGACUGUCAUUGAUGGGAAGGUCUAUGACAUCAAAGACUUCCAGGCUCAGACACUAACUGGAAACAGCAUCCUCGCCCAGUUCGUGGGUGAAGACCCUGUGGUAGCUCUAGAAGCAGCUCUCCAGUUUGAAGACACCAGAGAGUCCAUGCAAUCGUUCUGUGUGGGCCAGUACAUAGAGCCCAACCAGGAGACCGUGACGACACCUGAUUUGAGCAGCCUGUCCUCUCCUCUGAUCGAUGCUGAGAGAAACCUGGGUCUGCUGCUUGGGCUGCAUGCUUCAUAUCUGGCUUUGAGCACCCCUCUGUCCCGCAUAGAGAUAGAAUGUGCUAAAUGGCUGCAGUCAUCGAUCUUCUUCGGUGGUCUGCAGAUGAGUCAAAUCCACUAUAAUUAUAAUGAGGAGAAGGAUGAGGACCAAUGCAGCUCUCCAGGGACCACCACACCAGACAAAGCCAAACUGUACUGCCAAAGAAUCACCCUUAGUGAUCAUGCUCAACCCUUCCUGCAAGCCAUCGCUGACAACAACACACAAGACCAUACUGUGAAGGAUUUUUUAUGCCAAAUUGAGCGGUGCUGUAAACAAUAUCAUCUCAUCACUCCCAUCACUUUUCCGCUAGAACACCCUGUAGAGGAAGUGGGCCGUCUGCUGCUCUGCUGUCUUCUCAAGCACCAGGACCUUGGUCAUGUUGCCCUAUCUCUUGUUGAUCAAUGUGCCUUGGGUGUGGACCAGGGGAAACAGAGGUCCCUCCUCAAAUCUGUGAUUGAUGUGUGUCGAAUGGUGUACCAGGCCAAGUGUUCUUUGAUAAAAACACAUCAGGAACAGGGCCGCUCUUAUAAGGAAGUGUGUGCCCCAGUGAUCGAGAGGCUGCGAUUCUUGUUUAAUGAGCUCAGGCCUGCUGUCAGUAAUGACCUGUCCAUAGUGUCCAAACUGAAGCUGCUGAGCUCUCAGCCUCGUUGGAAGAGGAUCACACAGAAACUCAUCAGAGACCGUCGCAAAAAGAGAGUGCCUAAGAAAUCAGAGUCGGCUGAUCUGGAAGAGUGUAAACUGGAGAGGGAAGGGACCAAUGAGGAGCCACCUGCUCCAAUCAGCCCCACCCCUGUGGACAAGAAACAAACCUCUGUCAAAUCCUCAAAGGAUAAGUGGCAGCCUCUGCUGAACACCAUAGGUUGUGUUCAGAAGUAUCGCUGGUUGAGAUACAGUGUUCACGGCUCCUCUCAGUCUAGCCUCAUGAGCACAAUCGUGGAGUUUGCUCUGAAAGAGGAGCCACUGGAUGUGGAGAAGAUGAGGAAAUGCCUCCUUAAACAGCUGGAGCGUGCUGAGUUCAGGCUGGAGGGAAUAGAUACCAUGCUGAAGCUAGCAUCCAAAAGCUUCCUCCUGCCCUCUGUACAGUACGCCAUGCUCUGUGGCUGGCAGAGGGUCAUACCUGAAGGGGCCAAUAUUGGGGAGCCUCUUUUUGACUGUCUGAAGAAUGUAGAUCUAAUUCCUCCGUUUAACCGCAUGCUGCUGGAGGUGACCUUUGGUAAGCUCUAUGCCUGGGCCAUUCAGAACAUCCGCAAUAUCCUGUUAGAGGCCAGUGUCAAAUUCAAAGAGCUGGGUGUGCAGCCGGUUCCUCUGCAGACCAUCACGAAUGAGAACCCAGCAGGCCCCAGUCUGGGUACCAUCCCUCAGGCACGCUUCCUGCUGUCCAUGCUCCACAUGCUCACUCUCAAACACGGAGCCAACAGCCUCAGCCUGCUACUGAAUUCUGGCAUCCUCGCCCUAACCCAGAGUGUCCUCAGACUCAUCGGUCCCAGCUCUGAUAGCAGUGAGGAGGAACUGAGCUCUGGAGCUCAUGGUGGCUCUGCUACAGUGCUUGAGGAGUCCAGGAAGGAGUCGACCCCCACUCCUCUUCCCGCCUCUGGCCCUGAGCUGGCAACUAUGAUGAAGAUCGGCACUAGGGUGAUGAGAGGACCCGACUGGAAGUGGGGAGACCAAGAUGGCCCAACCCCAGGCCUGGGCCGUGUGAUUGGUGAGUUGGGGGAAGAUGGCUGGAUUCGAGUCCAGUGGGACACAAGCAGCACCAACUCCUACAGGAUGGGAAAAGAGGGCAAAUACGACCUUAAACUUGCUGAGCCGCCACCUGCCAUCCAACCCACCACAGAGGACUCAGACACUGAAGAUGACACAGAAGGGGAGGUGAUGGAGAAGAGUGUUCACCCCACUGCGAUCAUGUUGACCAGUACAGUUAAUCUGUUGAAGACACUCUCUCUGUCCUCUGGGAUUCAUGCUGAAGUGAUGCAGGCAGAGGCCAUUAGCACUUUGUGUGGUUUGCUCAGGAUACUGGUGGAGAGUGGAGCCAAUGGCAAGACUGGUUGUUCAUCUCACAAGCUGGUGUCCCGUGAGCAGCACAGGAGCUGGUGCACACUGGGGUUUAUUCGCAGUAUAGCUCUUAUGCCUCAGAUGUGCAGUACUCUCAGCUCCUCUGCCUGGAUCAAUCUGCUCAUCCGCAUUGUGGAGGGCCAUCAGUCCUUCACUGCCGUCACACUACAGAGACAGAUUCUUGCCCUGCGGCUGCUGCAGGCAGUGUUACCAUCAUGGGAUAAGACAGAUCGCUCUCAAGAUAUGAAGUUCCUAGUGGAAAAACUCUUUGGCUUCCUGGGCAGCCUGCUGAGCACUUGUUCCUCAGAUCUACCCCUUCUCAAAGAAGGUUUUGUGCGUAGAAGGAAGUCCCGCCCUCAAGCUUCUUUGACAGCCACUCACAGCAGUACACUAGCAGAGGAAAUAGUGUCCGUACUGCGUACACUUCACUCCCUCGGCCAAUGGAAUGGCCUCAUUAACGAAUACAUUAAUUCCCAACUCAGCGGUAUCAGUGAUGUCAUGGCAGGGAGACACACAGAAGUGGCUCAUCUUGAAGACUUCGUCCCCAAUGCAGAAGCCCCAGUGGUGGGCAGUCUGAUGGCUGUUUUGGCCGUCAUUGGUGGGAUUGAUGGGCGCCUGCGUCUGGGUGGGCCGGUUGUUCACGAGGAGUAUGGAGAAGGCACUGUAACCCGCAUCACACCUAAAGGACGAAUCACAGUGCAAUUCCACGAGAUGAGGACCUGCAAAGUGUGCCUGCUAAGUCAGCUCAAACCGAUUCACAUGGUACCAUUCAGUGUUCAGAACCUGCCCUUCACUGAGCCGAUGUUGACUGUGUGGGCUCAGCUGGUCAACUUAGCAGGGAGCAAGCUGGAGAAACAACAUACGAAGAAAUCCCUAAGCAGAGGACUUACGGCAGACCAGGUGGAUGUGCAUUUGUUGAGGUGUCAGCAGCUCAGGCUAUAUGUUCUGAAAGCAGCGCGGGCUCUGCUGUCCCACCAGGACAAACUCCGGCAGAUCCUCUCUCAGGCAGCUGUCAUAGACAUCAGCCCCAACCCCACCGAGGAUCAGUGUGUGUCAUCUCCUGAUGUGGGGGAUUUGUCUCCUGAGGGUCCUCAGCCACCGCUAAUUCUCCUCCAGCAGCUGCUGUCAGCGUCCACUCAACCUUCCCCCAUCAAAGCCAUCUUCCACCGGCAGGAGAUGGAGGCAGCGGCUCUGGCAGUUUGUCAGUACCUGGCGGUGGAGUCCACACACCCGUCCUCCCCUCUGUUUGAGGACAGCAGCUCUAGCGAGGCCACCACACCAGUCACUGUGCAGCACAUGCGUCCACCAAAGCAAAAGAAACACAAGACCUCACCAGUGCCCCCUGCACCCAUCGUUUUGCAGCUCAUGGAGAUGGGCUUUCAGAGAAAAAACAUAGAGUUUGCCCUUAAAUCACUGGCUGGAACCACAGGGGCCUCUGGAGUGCCAGGUGUUGAAGCUUUGGUGGGCUGGUUGCUCGACCAUCCAGAUGCUCACAUUACUGAUCUGUCAGAUGCAGACACUGUUUCAGAUGAAUAUUCUGAUGAAGAAGUGCUGGAAGAUCUAGAGGAGUCUGAGCCAGCUUUCCAUGUGCCUCCUGGAGUUGUAGUCACUGAGAGUCAGACGUUUAAAAAGAGAUCUGAUUUUCAGAGCAACGACGAUUAUGCUGUAUACAUAAGAGAAAACAUUCAGGUGGGCAUGAUGGUGAGAUGUUGUAGGACGUAUGAAGAGGUGUAUGAGGGAGACGUCGGCAAGGUAAUUAAGCUGGACAGAGACGGGCUUCAUGAUCUGAAUGUUCAGUGUGACUGGCAGCAGAAGGGAGGCACUUACUGGGUCCGUUACAUCCACACUGAGCUGCUGGGGUUUCCUCCACAGAGUUCUCCAUCUCACAUAAAGAUUGGUGAUAAAGUGCGAGUGAAGCCCUCAGUCACAACGCCAAAGUACAAGUGGGGAUCUGUCACUCACAGGAGUGUGGGUGUGGUCAAAGCUUUCAGUGCCAACGGGAAAGAUGUGAUAGUAGACUUUCCUCAGCAGUCACACUGGACUGGACUGCUUUCUGAGAUGGAGCUCGUGCCCAGCGUGCAUCCUGGUGUCAGGUGUGAUGGCUGUCAGAUGUUCCCUAUAAAUGGGCCAAGGUUUAAAUGUCGAAGCUGCGAUGACUUUGACUUUUGUGAGAGCUGCUUCAAGACUCGUAAACACAACCCUAGACAUUCAUUUGGACGAAUAAAUGAACCAGGUCAGUCACCCACUUUCAGUGGGCGAUCAGGUAAACAGCUGAAAAGGCAUCCCAGCAGUCAGCGUGGCAUGCUGAUUGAUGAGUGGGCCAGAGUGGUGAAGAACCUCAGUGUGUCAUCAUCUGUCAACCAGGCAUCUCGCCUUAUAGACUGUGGAGAGCAAUGCUGGCAGUCUUCAGGCUCUCAGGGCAAGCACUGGAUCCGUUUGGAGCUUUUUCCAGAUAUUCUGGUCCAAAGGCUGAAAAUGAUAGUGGACCCAGCUGACAGCAGCUACAUGCCUUCACUGGUUGUGGUAUCAGGUGGAAGCUCUCUGAAUAACCUGAUUGAGUUGAAGACCAUCAACAUCAACCCCACAGACACUGCUGUUUCUCUACUGAAUGACUGCACCGAGUAUAACAGGUACAUUGAGAUUGCUAUAAAACAGUGUCGGAGUUCAGGGAUUGACUGUAAGAUCCACGGCUUGAGUAUGGUGGGUCGUGUACGCGCUGAGGAUGAAGAUCUGGCUACUGUGCCUUUCCUGGCAUCUGACAAUGAGGAGGAGGAAGAUGAAAAGACAGCGACUGGAAGUCUGUCACGAAAGAGGUCAUCAGGACUUGAGUCUGCUGCGACCAUUAGAACCAAAGUCUUUGUCUGGGGUCUCAAUGAUAAGGAUCAACUUGGAGGACUAAAGGGGUCCAAGAUCAAAGUCCCAUCAUUCUCAGAGACUCUGUCUGCUCUGAAUGUAGUGCAGGUGGCAGGAGGCUCUAAAAGUCUUUUUGCUGUGACUGCUGAAGGUAAGGUAUAUGCAUGUGGAGAGGCCACCAAUGGAAGACUUGGUUUAGGACUGUCCAGUGGAACCAUCCCCAUACCACGACAAAUAUCUGCCCUGAGCAACUAUGUGGUGAAGAAGGUCGCUGUGCAUUCAGGCGGAAGGCAUGCCAUGGCGUUGACUGUGGAUGGGAAAGUGUUCUCUUGGGGUGAAGGAGAUGAUGGAAAGCUUGGACACUUCAGCCGAAUGAACUGUGAUAAGCCACGGCUAAUUGAGGCAUUGAAAACAAAGCGUAUUCGAGAUAUCGCCUGUGGCAGCUCUCACAGUGCAGCAAUUACCUCCAGUGGAGAACUGUACAGCUGGGGUCUGGGGGAAUAUGGCCGUCUCGGCCACGGGGACAACACCACCCAGCUUAGACCCAAACUGGUCAAGGUGCUUUUAGGUCACCGGGUUGUCCAGGUAGCUUGUGGAAGCAGAGAUGCUCAGACUCUUGCCCUUACAGAUGAAGGACUGGUGUUCUCAUGGGGAGAUGGAGAUUUUGGGAAGCUGGGCCGUGGGGGCAGCGAGGGUUGUAACAUUCCUCAGAACAUUGAGCGUCUGAACGGGCAGGGCGUGUGUCAGAUUGAAUGUGGAGCUCAGUUCUCCCUUGCCCUGACCAAAUCUGGAGUGGUCUGGACCUGGGGUAAGGGUGAUUACUUCCGGUUGGGUCAUGGCACAGAUGUCCAUGUGCGUAAACCUCAAAUGGUUGAAGGACUCCGUGGGAAGAAGAUUGUUCAUGUGGCCGUAGGGGCUCUGCACUGCUUGGCCGUCACAGACACCGGACAGGUGUACGCAUGGGGAGAUAAUGACCACGGGCAGCAAGGGAACGGCACAACCACGGUCAACAGGAAGCCCACACUGGUGCAGGGUCUGGAGGGGCAGAAGAUCACUCGUGUGGCCUGCGGAUCCUCUCACAGUGUAGCCUGGACAACCGUAGAUGUAACCACACCCUCCGUCCAUGAGCCAGUCCUCUUCCAGACAGCCAGGGACUCUCUUGGAGCCUCUUACCUUGACAGUGACCCAUCUUUACUGAGUAAUAAACUCAAUGGUGUGAGUAGUGUGAAACCAAACAGGCCAUCUUUGGCAAAGAUCCUGCUCUCUCUGGAUGGUAAUCUGGCCAAACAGCAGGCGCUGUCUCAUGUGCUCUCUGCCCUGCAGAUCAUGUAUGCCAGGGAUGCUGUAGUGGGAGCGCUGAUGCCUGCCUGUAUGAUUCCUCUUGAGUGCCCCACCAGCUCCCCUGUGCCCUCUUCAGACUGCUCAUCAGUGUCCAGCCCGUGUGAGGCUGAGGGUCCAGCCCUGACCUCUGAGACAGAGGAGCGGGUCAGUCCAAACCCCUGGAUGGACAGCAAAAGAGGAGAGGUGACCACAUCUGAGGAUGCCAAUACCCCGUCAUCGGCUGUGACCCCCUCUGCGUCCUCUGCCUCAUCUCGCCCCUUCAUACCAGUAACAGAUGACCCUGGUGCUGCAAGCAUCAUCGCUGAGACCAUGACCAAAACCAAGGAGGACUCGGAGAGUCAGAGUAAAGCAGUGGGUCCAGAGCCACAGUAUCUGGAUGAGUUCACCAGUCUACUUGUUCCCGAUGACACACGUGUGAUGGUGGACCUGUUGAAAUUGGCCGUCUCUCUGCGCUCAGGCGAUAAAGGCAAAGAAGUGCUGUCUGCUGUGCUCUCUGGCAUGGGCACUGCCUACCCACAGGUGGCUGAUAUGCGGCUGGAGUUGUGUGUGACAGAGUUAGAGGAUGUGGCCACAGACUCCCAAAGUGGACGGCUGUCCUCUCAGCCCGUGGUGGUGGAGAGCAGUCACCCGUACACUGACGACACCUCCACCAGCGGAACUGUGAAAAUACCAGGUGCUGAAGGGUUGAGGGUGGAAUUUGAUCGGCAGUGUUCUACAGAGAGGAGGCAUGACCCCCUUACCAUCAUGGAUGGAGCCAAUAGGAUUGUGUCUGUCCGAUCAGGUCGAGAGUGGUCUGAUUGGUCCAGUGAGUUGAGGAUUCCUGGGGACGAGCUUAAAUGGAAGUUCACCAGUGAUGGCUCUGUUAAUGGCUGGGGCUGGCGCUUCACUGUCUAUCCCAUCAUGCCUGCUGCUGGCCCUAAAGACCUCCUGUCAGAUCGUUGUAUUCUGUCCUGCCCCUCUAUGGAUCUAGUAACAUGUUUGCUAGACUUCCGCCUGAACUUCGCUUCCAAUCGCAGCAUUGUGCCGAGGCUGGCAGCCUCACUUGCUGCUUGUGCCCAGCUCAGUGCCUUGGCGGCUGGUCAUCGUAUGUGGGCCCUGCAGAGGUUACGCAAGCUCCUGACCACUGAAUAUGGCCAGUCCAUCAACAUAAACCGUCUCUUAGGAGACAGUGAUGGAGAGUCUCGCUCUAUGAGCUUCACAGGAAGUGCGCUAGCAGCUCUGGUCAAAGGACUUCCUGAGGCUUUACAGAGACAGUAUGAGUAUGAGGAGCCAAUAGUCAGGGGAGGCAAGCAACUGCUCCACAGCCCUUUCUUCAAGGUGUUGGUGGCACUUGCGUGUGAUUUGGAGUUGGACACUCUUCCGUGCUGUGCUGAGACACACAAGUGGGCGUGGUUCCGUCGCUAUUGUACCGCCUCCAGGGUGUCUGUGGCUCUAGACAAGAGGACCCCUUUGCCCCGUCCUUUCCUGGAUGAGGUGGCAAAGAAAAUCCGUGAGCUGAUGGCAGACCAUGAGAACAUGAACACACUUCACGAGAGUCACGAUCUGUUCAAGAGAGAGCAGGAUGAGCAACUAGUGCAGUGGAUGAACAGGCGGCCGGAUGAUUGGACACUCUCAGCGGGCGGCAGUGGGACCAUCUACGGCUGGGGACACAACCACCGGGGUCAGUUAGGUGGUAUUGAAGGAGCGAAGGUCAAAGGUCCCACGCCAACAGAAGCCCUGGCCACACUGAGACCUGUUCAGCUGAUUGGUGGAGAGCAGACCCUGUUUGCUGUCACUGCAGAUGGGAAACUGUAUGCUACGGGAUACGGUGCAGGCGGUCGUCUGGGAAUAGGUGGUACAGAGUCCGUGUCCACCCCGACCCUGCUGGAGUCGAUUCAGCAUGUGUUCCUCCGGAAGGUAGCUGUGAACUCUGGAGGGAAGCACUGCUUGGCUCUCUCAUCUGAAGGAGAACUGUACUCUUGGGGAGAGGCUGAAGAUGGGAAACUGGGCCAUGGCAACAGAAGCCCAUGUGACCGUCCACGCGUGAUUGAGUCUCUGAGAGGGGUGGAGGUGGUGGACAUCGCUGCUGGAGGGGCCCACAGUGCCUGCAUCACAGCCAGCGGAGAACUCUACACAUGGGGCAAGGGCCGCUACGGGCGCCUUGGUCAUGGAGACAGUGAAGACCAGCUUAAACCAAAACUGGUGGAGGCUCUGCAGGGUCACCGGGUGAUAGACGUGGCGUGUGGCAGUGGUGACGCUCAGACCCUCUGUCUCACUGAUGAUGACAUGGUGUGGUCAUGGGGGGAUGGAGACUAUGGCAAACUGGGCAGAGGAGGAAGUGAUGGAUGUAAAGUGCCUAUGAAGAUUGACUCAUUAACUGGAUUGGGUGUAGUAAAAGUGGAGUGCGGCUCUCAGUUCUCUGUGGCUCUCACAAAGUCUGGUGCAGUUUACACAUGGGGGAAGGGUGACUACCACAGGUUAGGACACGGCUCUGAUGAUCAUGUCCGCAGACCCCGGCAGGUCCAGGGUUUGCAAGGCAAGAAGGUCAUUGCCAUAGCAACGGGCUCUCUUCACUGUGUGUGCUGCACUGAAGAUGGGGAAGUGUACACAUGGGGUGACAAUGAUGAGGGUCAGCUCGGCGAUGGGACCACCAAUGCCAUUCAGAGACCCAGGCUUGUGGCAGCUCUGCAGGGCAAAAAGAUCAACCGGGUGGCCUGUGGGUCAGCACACACCCUGGCCUGGUCCACAAGCAAACCCACCAAUGCUGGAAAACGUCCUGCUCAGGUGCCUAUGGAGUACAACCACCUGAAUGAGAUCCCUAUCAUAGGCCUGAGGAACCGGCUCCUGCUGCUGCACCACAUCUCAGAGCUCUUCUGCCCCUGCAUCCCCAUGUUUGACCUGGAAGGACGACUGGGCGAGACGGGACACGGCUUCUCCGUUGGAUUCGACACACUUCGUGGAAUCCUCAUAUCGCAGGGCAAGGAAGCUGCAUUCCGUAAGGUCGUGCAGGCAACCAUGGUUCGAGACCGACAACACGGGCCAGUGGUGGAGCUGAACAGGAUACAGGUCAAGCGGUCUCGCAGUAAAGGAGGGCUGGCAGGGCCUGAUGGCACUAAGUCAGUGUUUGGGCAGAUGUGUGCCAAGAUGAGCUCUUUCAGCCCAGACAGUCUUCUGCUGCCACACCGGGUGUGGAAGGUCAAGUUUGUGGGCGAAUCAGUGGAUGACUGUGGCGGAGGAUACAGUGAAUCUAUCGCAGAGAUGUGCGAGGAGCUUCAAAACGGACUCACUCCUCUCCUCAUCGUCACUCCUAAUGGCCGAGAUGAGUCAGGAGCCAACAGAGACUGCUUCCUGCUCAACCCAGCCGCCAAAUCCCCUCUGCACAUCAACAUGUUUCGCUUCCUAGGGGUGCUCCUGGGCAUAGCCAUCCGUACAGGAAGUCCUCUGAGUCUGUACCUGGCUGAACCUGUGUGGAAGCAGCUCGCAGGCAUGAAUCUGACUAUCGCUGAUCUCAGUGAGGUGGACAAGGACUUCAUCCCUGGUCUGAUGUAUAUCAGAGAUAAUGAGGCAUCUGCAGAGGAGUUUGAAGCCAUGCCUCUUCCCUUUACUGUGCCCAGUGCCUACGGACAGGAAGUGCAGCUCAGCUCCAAACAUUCCCAUAUCAGCCUAGAGAACCGCAGUGAAUAUGUGCGGUUAGCAAUAAACUACAGACUGCACGAGUUUGAUGAGCAGGUAUCUGCAGUGAGGGAGGGUAUGGCACGUGUGGUACCAGUGCCUCUUCUCUCUCUCUUCACUGGCUAUGAGCUAGAGACUAUGGUGUGUGGAAGCCCAGACAUCCCACUGCACCUGCUCAAAUCAGUGGCCACCUACAAAGGUGUGGAGCCCACCUCUCCUCUCAUCCAGUGGUUCUGGGAGGUGAUGGAGUCUUUCUCCAACACUGAACGCUCCCUCUUCCUCAGGUUCGUCUGGGGACGCACACGCCUACCCAGGACCAUUGCGGAUUUCCGUGGUCGGGACUUUGUGGUGCAGGUGCUGGAUAAAUACAACCCACCUGACCACUUCCUCCCAGAGUCCUACACCUGUUUCUUCCUUCUCAAGCUGCCACGCUACUCCUGUAAGCUGGUGCUGGAAGAGAAGCUCAAGUAUGCCAUCCACUUCUGCAAGUCCAUUGACACGGAUGACUACGCACGCAUCGCUCUAACCGGAGAGCCUGCCGCAGAUGACAGCAGUGACGACUCGGAUAAUGAGGACGCUGACUCGUUUGCAUCAGACUCCACACAGGAUUACCUUACUGGGCACUGAACUCUAACUCCCUGGUUAAACCCCCAGUGUCCCACACACACACACACACACACACACACACAAACACACACACACCACACACACACAUAGGCACAAUAAUAUGGUGUGCUGAGUUGUAGGAAGUCUUCAAAAUAAGCUGCCAAGAAGUUUAAAAAAAACUGAACUGAAGAUGUCUGUUUUAACCUCACUUAUUAAUGUGCAUAGAUACAAAUACAACUAAGUGAAGAGAAAUAAGUGUAUAUCAUUAUGUGCAAUUAGCUUUAAAGCACUAUUAAGCUGAUGAAGAGCAAGUUAGAGAGAUUUUUAUUUUAAUCUUUGUUGUGAAGAGUAACAGGACGACUGGAGAAACUGCACAUCUCUGUGUGUUAAUCAUUGUGUUCAUGUUUUAUUACAGAGGACAGACCAUGUAGCCUAGCACUGUGGUAGACUACUCCUGACAGGUGUUUCUGUGAAGAUCUUCACAUCAGCUUUAUUAUGUGUUAAAUUGCUAGUAUUAUGAACUGUAGCUCCGCCUCUUUAUUUGAAAAUGGCAGUGUUUCUCAAUAAGAUUAUUAUUAUUUUUUUUUUACGUUGGGAGGUUCAUAUGUUUUGUGUUUUUGGUUUUUUGAUGAGUGGAAGCCUGAUCAGGAGUUGUUUUUAGGCCUACGGUCACUGUAUCCUCGCCCCCUCCCAUCCGUGUCUGCACUGUUUUCCGUAUGGAAUGUAUAUAAUUUGAUUGUGCCAUGUGUUUAUGAGCUGUCUCAUUCCCACAUUAUAAAUAAAUGUUCAUUUCUGUUAAUAAAUUUAAACCACAAUUUCUCUGGUAAGUUUUUCAGGUUUUUAUAAAAAAAAAAUGUUUUUUUUAAUUUACAUAUAUUUAUCCAUUUCAGUGUGUUUUUGGAGUACAUUUUUAUAUCAGUUAAUGCUUUUCAUAUCAGGGUUUCCAUACUGGCAGAAUCAGUCCAGUUCUCAUAAUUAAAAUAAAAACGCUGACCAAAACCGAUAUAUUGGCUGAUCUAUUUUUGUAAAAUAGCCACUUCAUUUUAAAUGUACAUAUAAUAACUACAAUUUUUGUGUGUUUAUAGAGUUAUAUGUUAAAGGCAAUUAAUGCUAUACAAAAUCAGGCUUUCUGU